CAUGAUGAGGAAAUUGUCUAAGUGCUCCUUAUGACCAAGGUAUGUUUUUUCACCUUAUCUAACAGGAAAAUUUCACUUACAGUGUGGAUUCUGAUCAAAGUGAAUCACAGAUGUCUGUGAGUGUUUAUUUUGACUAAUCAGUUCCUCAUCUUCUUCUUGCUCUGUGCGUCGAUGGCGAUGACUUAAAAAUUAAAUAAGUUUCAAAUUGAGACAAACAAUCCCAAACUCUGCAGUUAAGAGGAGUUCAAUUGCUUCAAACUCAUUUGAGCUAGUGUUAGCUACAAAGUUUUCAGUGAUGUACCAGUUAUCCUAAGUUUCUUCGACUUUCAAAAUUAUUGACAGCCCUGCAAAUCUGUUGUGAAAAGGAGUAGCAUGUUUCAUAUAGCCCAUUUUCAGUCCAAUACUUACUCCCCACAGUCAGAUAACUUCCUUGAUCUGCUUGGAAACUGAGGUGCCUUCAUUUUCAGUGGACUUGUUGGCUGUUUCUUUGAUCCUGUUGUGUUCAUGAAAUGAGCAAAGAUCUCCGUUCUUUUCAGCAGGUAAUUAAACCUUGUGGCCUUGUCCCUUUCCUAGAAAGCACCAAAAGGCAAUUAUGUAUGGGUCCUGAAUUUCCAAUUAAUACCAUAAAAUUGUUACCAUGGUUAUUCCCUUUUACUAGAAGAAAGCCUGUUGAUCAUUUCUUGUUUCACAACUUCUCAGAUAAAAGAAAAUUAAUAGGAAAUUUUACAUUCUUUUAUUAAUUAACUAAACUUAAGCAUUUUCAUACCUUUCCUUAGAGAUUUUAUUGAUCUGUUUCACAUCAAUUUAAACUUUUCCAAAAAAGGAUUGGAAUACAAAAAAGGAAAAAGUUCUCUUUCGCUGAUUAUUACAAAUGAGGUAGGCAUUGGAAAGGUAAUGAACACAGAGUCUGUCAUAUUUGGUCUCAAAACUGACCAAAAAUUUUUCAUUCAGCCUCAGCUAAUUUAGCCCAUCAACUUCCCAAAGUAAUUAAUAUGUAACUUCUCCCUAUAAUAUCCACACAUUAUCUGGUAAACACAUAAGAGAAUACUCAAACAAAAAUAGAAGUUGUUAUCUUGAUCUAACACCAGAUUCUCAUAACGAACUUACCAGGAAAUGUGUCCUAGCUAGAGGGAAGAAUUGACAAUCACAACUUGGGAGUUUAAGGAUUUAUUUGUCACAUAUGGUUAGCAGAAUGUGUCAGGAGUUGGAGUCCAAUUUCUAGCUUUUAUUUCAAAACUAGAUUGAUAUUUAGUCAUGUCAUGUAGCUAUUCAAGCAAUUCAUACCAGUUUUUCUUCAUAUUCCUGUGAGGCACCUUUGAGUGGUCCAGGUUGUGCUUUAGGUUUGGGGGCUUUUUCUUCACCUGCUUCAUCACCAGACUAAACAAAGAUAUUAACCCCAAAAAAAGUUAUCAAACUAUAAACUUACACAGAAACUAAAUUAUCUACCUUCAAUGAGUGACACAACAAAUGUCAGAUAACCAUUAUUUUAUAAGGAAACAAACCUCUUGAGAGAAUCAGUGACUUGAGAAAUAAGCGAUUUCUUUACUUCGUUCUAAUUUUAUUUAUUUAUGGUACACCUUGAGAUCCAUGAUGAAAUCUCCUUACAACAUCAGAUUGUUACAAAAUGCUUGUACAAACAUAAUGAAAAGUGAAUGAUAUAUUCAGCUUGAAGACUGGCAAGUUGUCUUGAUACACAAGUGGUAUAGCUCCAUCGUAAUAACAUUAGAAUGAAACUAUAAUGAUUCAAUAACUAGGAAACAACCCGCGAUGGGUUGAAGUAAAGUAAUUCUGAGGAUACAAUUGUCUUAGUUCAAAUUCAAUGGCCAAAUCCAGGAAUCCAUUCACAACCACUAAAAAUAAAUUCCCCGGUUUCAGGUGAUGCUUUUAACACGACAAAAGCUUCUGUCACUAAAGUUAUACCAGGCAAAUAUGCGCGUAUGGAAGUUUACUGUUUCACUUUUGAUAGAAACAAAGACUUUAUUAGCUCCUUGGCCUGUCAAAGCUUUGUUUAGCUGCGUAAAUUUCAGGUCUUGUGGAUUAUAGUCUCAAUCAAAAUGAAACAUUUUUUUACUGGGUUAGGAUCGAAAAAACUGACACACUCAAUUCAAUAGAAGUGCACUGGAUACAUCCAGUUGAAAUGCACAUGGCCUUGUUUGCAUGCGCGAAAGAAUUGGCGUGACUUAAGAUCAUUUACUCGUGAAAUCAGCCAACUCUAACUUCAAUUCCGGUAAAUUUGCCCCUAAAAUGAGCCAUUCAGUAACUUUUACCUCUUCUGGUGUUGUACUUUCGCUGCUGGACGAUUCUCCUUCGUCGUAAUUAGGUAUGUUUCCAGUGGAAGAGAGAAAAAUUACUUUCAAAUCGGAUAGCUGAAAAGCCGGGAAGAUGAUUUUUGGCGGCACACGAGAGAGGCUAUUGAUUAGCACCUCGAACUGCACUAAGGGAUAGUCUAGGGCCUAAGUCCUACCGGCUAGAGGUACGCCCGAGGAGCACUAGUAACGAGUUUUCCAGUCGGGUGAUUAUCAGAUUGUCUCAGAUUAUUAUUAUCAAUUUGGCGGACUAUUCCAGUUACACCGUUUGCGAUUUAUCAAUAAUCAAGCGACGUGAUUGAACCAGACAUGAGCAUUAUAACAUGCAUUACAUGUGAAGAAUACAUAAUUGAGUUUAAAUCAAGGAGAUUUCGCUAAAUUUUGUACGGCUGUUUCCUUCGCUCUCGUCGAUCUUAAGUUUCUUGUUCAGCAGAGUUUUAGCUCAACACUGUAGCCGCUAAGAGCAACGCUUGCAAAGGUAAACAAAACUUAGACACCAAUUUUUUAUUUUUACAGUAGCUUAAAGCCUCACUUGAAACUAUUAUAUCAUUUUGAUUCUCUGUUUCCAAGUUCAAGAUAAAUAGAACUGAAGCUCUCAAAGUGAAGGCAGACAACAAGGUUAUUUAUUUACUUAUCGUACACUACAACUCUUUUUCAAUCAGCUCUGUUUCUUGUAGGGACUGUCAAUGCUAUUAUUGAAUCAAAAGACGACUGCCAGUCGACACAUGGGAAAAAGGACUUGUGAUGGAAGUUUUCUUGGAACAGGUUGACAACAGAGUUACAGUAACGGCUGCUUUUUCAAAUAAGGUAAAUACUUCAGUUAUCUGCCAUAUGGAGUGGAAGCAAUGUGCAGAUGGCCCAGCUUUUAUUUUCCGUUAUUUUUAAGAAUUUUACAUGGUAUAAAGACCAUAUCUCCUUCACACCUUCACCAGGGUUCAAAAUUAGCUUCACAAGAUGAGUUCCAAGUGACCACUGAAUAUUAUUUUUUCCAGUCUCUGAAAUUUAACCAUAUGAGGUUUCAAUUUAAGAAGUGUUUUACUGAAAAUGUAUUCCUACUUGUGAACAAUAACUGGUAGGGUCCCAGGUCUAGAUUGCAGUAGACAUGGGCACCAGUGGAACUUAAAUUUUCUCACUAGUGACCAAAGUUUCUUGUUUAGUCUCCACACCUUGGUUGGAAACAUAUAAUUCCCUUACCUUUUUCAGUUCCAAAGGGGAGCCAAACCUCAGAGCUUUGAAUUUUCGUACUUAGAGGCUGUACAAACCUUUACUUCAAGGAACUCAUUGGUGAAUGACAAAAUCAUAGGUUACAUACUAUGACCCAAUGUGAUGAUUGCAAUCAACACCUGCGUAUACAACAGGCUGUGAAGAUUCCUACUGACCUCUUCUGUGAGCCAAAAAGUUAAAAGGGAGGGGGAGGGGGAGAGGUUUCCACUCAGGGCUUCAAGGUUCUUUUAUUUGCUCACUAUAAAUAGCUUAAACACCAUUUUAAAAGAGCUUUGUUUUUCCUCGCCAAAAUCAACAUUUUCUACUGGCAAAAGCUGAUAGGUAUUAUUUUGGAUUUUUAAUAGCAUCUGACUGUAAAUAUAGGGAAUCCAUUUACAAUUGUAAAAUUUUGUCAUUCAUUUUAUUUUCUUAAAGGACCCAUUUAAUGAACCUUUUCAUAAAAAUCAAAAAGGUCAAACUUUACCUAGAGAGCCAUUCCCUCUCCCAAAAUAAUGUAUUGCCAACUGUUUAACAGCUCUUAUGCAAGCCGUCCUGGCCAAUCUUUCAGCUUAACCAGGAACUCUUUUCAACCUUGAUGCACUGUUUUUGUUGGGCCAAGAGAGAAAAUUUAAGGAAUAAAACUUCAAGGAUAAAGCUUAAAGAUGAUGUAUAUUACGAUUUGUAAAUAAUUAUAAGCCCUUUUCCUAGGGUCCUUUAGGAAAAUAAAAUGAAUUACAGAAUGUUUGCAACUGAGGAUGAAUUAUUGAUAUUUAGGGUCAGUAGCUUUUGAUCACCUUUUUUGUUUAAUAAAUUGGGUUACUUGUCCCCUUUUGAUUUGUUUGGUCAUUUUUGUAAGUUCUCAAAGGUUACCAAAUCUAACUUAAUUAUUACAGAUUCUAGAGGACACAAAAUCUCUCAUCAAGCAUUCCUACCAAGAAACACUUGACAAUGCCAGCAAUGGAAAAUGGAUAUUAUGUCUAAAAUAUCUUGGAGAUGAUAAAGUGUUAGACACUCUGAAAACAAACUGGCUUCAGGAUGUUAUUACUUGAUUUGAUUAUUAUUGUCAUUAAUAUUAUUAUUUUUUUGAGGUUGUAUUUUUAAAACAGAUAAUGUUGCAUUUGCUGUAAACUUAAAGGCACUACAUUGUUUCACUCUCUAUGAAGGUAAAAUGUUACCCUCUUUUUUAACUGCUUUUUGUCAAAUUUUUUAACAUAGUUUUUUUACCCUUUUUCAUCUUUAAUACCUCUUCUGAGUGAUAUUCUUUCAGUUACCUUUGGUUUGCAGUCAGUUAAUGAUAUAAUAAUGGCAGACCCAGUGUCCAGCAAAACAUUACUAACAUCCACUACAUGUCAUUGGACUUACCCCUAACAUUGUACUUUUCUUGAAAAAUAAACAGUCUUUGUAAAAGAGACCUUAAGCAAACCACCAUGGCAACAGCAACAAAAGCAUGGCUGGACAAAAGAUUCAGUGAGCACACAAAUAGCUCAGUAUGUAUGUUUUCAAAUUUUAUUUACUUGUUAUCUAUUCUCUGAAACAAAACAACAUAAAUCACUAAAAUUUGCAUGGAGUAAGAACAGAACCUCUGAUGGCAAAUUAUUUACCUGUCAUUGUUUAGAACUAAACCCUGCUCACUUUUCUUAUGGCAAAGAUGAUGACUUGCUUAGUUAGAGAGGGUAAUCACAUCCACCAUCCAUUUAGUGGAAAUUUUUGUCAGCUUGCAAUCCUGAUUGCUUAAGAUCCAUAAAGAUUUCUGUGGAUUGACUCUUGUGUUUACAAAUUACUUCUAAUCACAAUCAUCUUCUCUUCCUGGUAAACUCCAAUUUUCAAAUUCUUGCUGGACAUAAUAACUGUUCACUCUCCACUUAGCUGGCUUUUUUUCUAAUCAACAUUAGUUGAAGACUGAAGAACAAACCCUUUUACAUUUAAGUUUUUAAAAAACACUUUUUUAUUUUAAUUGUCUUUAUUUGUGGGAAUUUAAGAAGCAAGUUUUACAUUAGUUUUGAAAGACUAAAUAUUCAUUUCACAAUCAGGUAACCCACAACUUAUACUCUCUUAGAAGUGUAGGAAAUUUGCGAGGCACCUCCCAUUUUAAAUUUUUGUGUUGUGAAGUCCUCGCCACAAAGUAAUGUGUAUUUUUUAUAAGGAAAAAUCCAGUCUGAAAUAUAUUUCUGAUUAAUUUUUCUUUCCAAUUGUAGUUUAUUUUAUUGGAAAAUACUGUUUGAUAAUUUCUUAAUUGAGAAACAUAUUUUACUUUUUUGAGUCUACAACAUUUCAAUUGAUAGUAUAGUUACAGCAUCAAAAGCAGAGAUGAUGGACUUAACUAGAAAAGAAGGUUUUUGAAAUAAGCUUUUGUGAAGUGUUAAACAGGGCAACAAGAUUUAAAUUGAACUUCCUUGCAAGAAUUGUGUGUUUUCACCCCAUUGUCUCUCCUUGUGUUAUUAGCUAGAAGUUGGUCAGAUUGCAUUCAAUUAUUUUUUUCCAUCUCUAAGAUGAUAGUAUAAAUUCUCUGUACUGUUUGCUACACAGUUCUUGGAAUUUUAGCUUUCAGAAUUUGGUGUUAGAUCAAGCAAAUACCCAUAGAUGUUAACUAUUCUUUUUCUGAUCACCUUUCUGCUUAACAAUGCAUUGUAUUGUAAGUAGAAACAACUUAUUAAACAACUCUGGGAGUGAAAAGGUUUUUUUGUGGGGCAGGGGGGAG